AUGGGGUGUAUAAAUAGCAAAGUAAAAGAGAAAAGAAAAAUAAAAAAAAGAAAAAAGGAAGAAUGUAAUUUAAUAGAAAAUGUUGAAGGGAAUAAUGUGGGUAAUAAGAAUGUAUCAAGUUAUGUGAUGAAAGAAAAAAAAAAUAAUGAAAAGGAUGAUGAAAAUAAUAAUAUUGACUGUAAUAAUAAUGAUAAUAAUAAUGAUAAUAAUAAUGAUAAUAAUAUGAAUUGUAAGAAUCAUUAUAUUUAUAACGAUAAUAAUUUGGUGAAGAACAAUAUUGACAAUUCCAAAGAAAGGUUUUAUUACAAAAAAAAUAUAUUCAAGAAUAUUUCGAAUAAGUGUAGUGAUAAAAAAUUACUUACAAGCAGCGAUAAGGAGAAUAUUACUUAUGUAAUAAAAAGUUCAACAAAUAAUAAAAGUAUAAUAAAUAAUAAUAAUGAUAAUAAUAAUAAUAAUAAUUUAUUUUUAUUUAAAGAUAAUAAUGAAAAUAAAUCCAAUAAAUCGUAUUAUUAUAAUGAAGUGUAUACAAAUAUAGAACCAAAUAAAUAUGAUAUUUGUAAAAGUAGAAGUAUGGAUUUAGAAAAUGUAAAGAUAAAUUGUAAUUUAAUAGAAGAUAAAAAAUAUAAAAUUAAAAAUUAUGAGAAUAAAAAAAGAAAUGAUAAAUUACUUAAAAAUUCAUUUACUAAUAUUAUACAUACCAUUAGUAACACACUAUUAAAUAGAAGAUCAUAUAGAAAGAAUAAAUAUAAAAAACAAAAGAAAGUACAAAGUGCUCAUGAUGUAUUUACGUCUUAUAGAAAUAAUAAGGAUGAUAAUAUUUUUGAUCAUCAUUUUAAACAUUAUGAAGAUGAGAAUGAUUUAUAUAUGUUAUAUUUAAAAAAUAAUUAUAAAAAUAAAAAGGAUCAACAAAAAUUAUUUAGUAAUAUGAGAAAAAAUAAAGAUUUAUUAAUGUAUUAUCAUGAUUUUAAAAAUAUUAUAUUAAAACGAAAUUCAUUCUUAUACAUAUAUGAAUAUUAUAAAUAUAAUUGUGAUGUUUUUAAUUUACUUUCUUUAAUGCCUAGUCAUAUAUCAGAAAAUAAAAAAGCUUCAAAAAUAUUAUUUGAGAGCUCUUUUAUUGGGAAAUAUAUUAUAUUACCAUGGAUAGAUAAUGAUCCAGAUAUUAAAAAUAAUUUAUAUCUUAAAUAUGUACAGAAUUAUUUAGAUAUGAAAGAACAUAUUAAAGAAAUGAAUCAUAGUCAUUAUCACAAUAAUCCAAAUCAACAAUUAUCAUAUUGUAACCUUUUUAAUAAUACAAUUAAUAAUACUAAUCACCAUGAUUAUAAUAAUAAUAAAAAAAAAAAAAAAAUGAAAUGUGCACACACAAAUAAAACACAAUCGAACUUCUCUUAUACAUAUCUUUUAUGUAGUCAUCCUUAUGAAGAUCGAAAAAAAAAAACAGGCAUUGUACUUAAUAAGAUGAAUAAAAAAAAUCUUUUUCUAAGAAAAAAAAAAGAAGAAAAGAAAAAUAAAUAUGUUACUACUAAUAAAACAAAUCUUAGUCUUCACCAAGUUUUUAAAAAUAACCUUCGCAAAAAUCUCAUCUAUAAUAAUAUAAAAGAUAAUCAUAAAACAAAAAUAAAAAAUAAACACAUAACUAAUGAACUCAAGGAAUCUUUAAUCAAUUCUGAGGAUUUUUAUAAAAUAGAUACGACAUUAAAUAACAUGUUGAAUCAGGGAGAUAAAAUAAAAUCAAUAAAUCAUAUAGAAGACAUAGGUACAAAUGAAUGUACAAAUAAAAUAUCUCAUAAUAUGUAUAAUAUAUAUGACAAAAAAGAAAAAAAUAUAAAUGUAAAAAGUUAUGAUAACACACAUUCUACUAAUACGAUUAUAAUGUCAAAUGAUAAUAUAAAGAAAAAUGAUUUACAUUAUAUAAAUGAACAUUAUAAUGAAAAAUGUGACGAUAAUAUAUAUGAUUAUUAUAUUACAUCAUCCAUAGAUGCGUUUAAAUCCAGGCCCUCUUCAUCAUCCCACCUUAAUGAAAAUCAUGAUAAGAAGAGUGAAAAUUUUAAUUUGAAUCUAAUAUAUCAAAAAAAAAAAGAAAAUAAUAAUAAUAAAAAAAAAGAAAAUAAUGAUAAUAAAAAAAAAGAAAAUAAUAAUAAUAAAAAAAAAGAAAAUAAUAAUAAUAAAAAAAAAGAAAAUAAUAAUAAUAAAAAAAAAGAAAAUAAUAAUAAUAAAAAAAAAGAAAAUAAUAAUAAUAAAAAAAAAGAAAAUAAUAAUAAUAAAAAAAAAGAAAAUAAUAAUAAAAAUAAUAAUAAUAAUAAUAAUAACCAUAUUAGUAUUAAUAAUAUUGUCAAACCUUCAUUCAUUUUUGAAGCAAAUUAUGUAGAGGAAGGGAACCAUCGCGAUACACAACAUAAUAAUCUUGAGUAUGCUAACGCAGAAAUAAAUAAUAAAAUUUAUGAUGUUCAUACAUAUAGGAAUUAUAAUAUUGAGAAAGAAGAAAAACAUUAUUCCCAUUAUGUAGAAAAUGAAAAAGAAGGAAUGGGUAAAAGCAAAGAACGUAAAGGUUACUUAAAAUGUAAUACAAGCAAAUAUGAUAAAAUUAAAAAUAAUAAUUAUAUUAAUGAUGUGUAUAAUAAUAAUGCAAGUGUUAAAGAGAUACAAAAAUUUAAACAAAAGGAUAAAGAGACUGAUAAAUUGAAUGAUAAAUGGAAUGACAAAUCGUAUGACAAAUCGUAUGAUAAAUGUAAUGACAAAUGUAAUGACAAAUAUAAUGACAAAUCGUAUGACAAAUCGUAUGACAAAUCGUAUGACAAAUCUAAUUAUAAACAAAAAAGUAAAACAAACGAAUCGAAGAAUAUCAAAUUAGAAUGGGAGAAAUGCUUAUUAGAUACUUGUGAUCAUAAAUAUAUAGUAAAUGAGGAUUGUAUUAAAAAGAAUUACAUGUGUUGUAAAAAAUGUGAUAAGAAGAGAUGUAUAUUUCAUUACGUAAAUGGUUUUAAAUUAUAUGGAUGGUUGAAUUAUAAAUGGACAGAUCCCGAUGGGUUCUUAGAAUUAAGUAUUAGACAAAAAAGAAAAUUUGAUUCUUGGAAAAGAUUAUCAGAAUUAUAUGAAAAUCCAAUUGUUAUGUCACCAUAUUUAUAUAAUAAUUGUAUAAGACAAGGUUUUGUUGCGGAUUGUUCUUUUCUGUCUUCAUUAACAGUAUUAAUAGAAUAUGAGAAAAAACAUAAGAUACCUGUUAUUUCUAGUAUUAUAACACCUUGUAGUUGGAAUUAUUUAUGUAUAAAUAAAACGUGGCCUAUUUUUAAUCCUUGUGGUAUGUAUAUAUGUAGACUUCAUUGUAAUGGUAUACAAAGAAAGAUAAUAAUAGAUGAUUAUGUACCGGUUAAGAACAAUAAUUCAUUGCUUGUGGCUUAUUCAAAUAAUCAAAAAGAAUUAUGGGUUACCUUAUUAGAAAAAGCUUUUGUUAAAUUGAUGGGAGGAUCAUAUUCUAUGUUUGGUUCUAAUCCUGGUUCUGAUUUGUAUUAUUUGACAGGUUGGAUACCAGUAACCAUAUCUUUGAAAUCUAAGAUUAGUAGUUCUCCCCCUUCUUUUGACAAACAUAGUACGCAUUCUUUAAUAAGGGAUGAGCGUAUAGAUGAAUUGGUAUAUGAAACUAACGAGGUAAUGAUAAAUAAGAAACAUGGAUAUGUUAACAGUGUUGAAUUUGUAGAGGACACAAAGUAUAAUCAUAAUAAUAAUAAUAAUAAUAAUAAAAAUAAUACGGAUCAUGAUCAAUAUAUGUGUGAUGAUAAUAUAUGUUUUAAUAAUUACAAUUUUUGCUAUAAAGACGAUUAUGAAGUAAGAAAUAAGCUCCAGAAACAGUUUUUAAAGGAAGAAUUAGCCACUAUGGAUUUUGCUAAAUAUAUGAACGGGUCAGUGGAUAAUUAUAGUGAUUUGAUUAAAAGAGGAGGCCAUAAAACGUUGGGUAUAAAUUGUGAAGAAGGAAAAUAUGAACCAUAUGAACAAUAUGAACAAUAUGAAGAGUAUGACGAGAAAUGGGAUAGUGUUUGGAAUAAUAUUUAUGAUGGCAUAAAAAAAGGAAAAUGUGUUGUGUGUUUAGGUACAUUAGAAUUAAAGGAUGCUGCGCCAUCUGGUUUAGAUUAUCCAGAAGGUGUUUCUAUAUCAACAGGGAUUGUAACAAGACAUGCUUAUUCAAUAUUAAAUAUAGAAAAUUAUAAUGGAGAUAAAUUAUUAUAUAUAAAAAACCCUUGGGGUUGUAUUAGAUGGAAAGGAAGAUAUUCUCAUAAUGAUUAUGAAACAUGGACUAAAGAAUUACAAAAAAAAUUAAAUUAUUCAUUAGAAAAAGCUAUAAGUAAAGAUGAUGGUUGUUUUUGGAUUCCUUGGAAAGAUGUAAUAAAAUAUUUUUCACAUAUAUAUAUAUGUUGGAAUAGUGUUAUUUUUCCAUACCAAUUUGAAAUACAUACAAAAUGGGAAAACAAUAGUUUAUUAAAUUCAUCCAUAUUAUUAGAUGAUACACAUUUAGUUGCGUACAAUCCUCAAUUUGCUCUACAUUUAAAUGUAAGAAAACAAGAUUUAUCAGAAGAUGGCUUAUAUUAUAUAGGUAAGAAACCAAUAGAAGUAUGGAUACUUUUAUCAAGACAUGUAAGAGAACGUAAAACGGAUGUGUCUCAAAAAUAUUUAGCUUUACAUGUGCAUGCAGGUAAUGAUAGAAUCAUAUGUCCUUUAUUUCCAAUAAAGCAAGGGAUAUAUUCGAAUGGAGAGUGUACAUUUAUAAAGUUGAUAAUAGGUGGUAAGGAUGACCUGACGAGUAUUAAUAUGAUGUAUGAUUCGAAGAAGGAAAAAAAUAAAAGUAAUACGCAAAAUGUGGAAAAUUGUAAAAAUGUAGAGAAUAUAAUAAACAACACGGUUAAUAUGAAUAAUAUGUAUAAUGUGGAUAAUGUGGAUAAUGUGAAUAAUGUGGAUAAUAUGUAUAAUAUGUAUAAUGUGGAUAAUGCGAUAACUAAUGUACAAAAAGAAAAUGGCACAUAUAAUAAAGAAAAAUACAAUAAUAAUAUAGUCACUAGUAAGGACCGAACAAAUGUUAAUAAUGAAAAACAAAAUAUUGAAAAUGAUCCAGAUGUAUUGAGAAAUAUAGAUUAUGUAUUAAUUGUAUCCCAGUAUUCACAAAAAGAAGAAUUUAAUUUUACUAUUAAAGUAUUUAGUCAUACCCAUUUAUCAUUAUAUGAAAUACCUCCAUUAUUACCUGAUAAUUAUUCAUCAUUAUAUUUUAAAGGUAUGUGGACCAACAAAAGUGCAGGUGGUUGUUCUAAUAAUUUGUGGUCGUAUUUUAGAAACCCUCAUAUACGUUUAUAUGUUCCAGAAUGUACAAGAUUUUAUAUAUUCUUAGAAUGUUCUCAAGAGCAUUCAGUUAAUUUAAGAAUAUUUAAGGGUAAUACAUCAUCACCUAGAUCUUUAAAGAAAGGAGAUAUAAUAUCUAGUGGUCCAUAUAAAGCUGGUUGUUGUUAUAUAGAAUGUACAUUAGAAAGUGGAAUAUAUUGUCUGUUGCCUUCUUUAUAUAGAGCUAAUGUUACUGGUAAUUAUCAAAUAUGUGUACAUUAUCCAAAUAAUAAAGAGAAACCGAUUUUGUAUUUUAUUCCUUAUUCUUAUAUUGUACCCCCCUUUUCAUUUUUCAAAUAUGAAUUGGUACAUUUAUAUUCUUUAAAAAAUUAUUCCGUCAUUUUAUUUCAUACAACAUGUAUGACUUUAUUAUCUUUAAGAAUAACAUUUUUUCAAAAUAUGGAUAUUAAAGGCAUACCAUUUGUUAAUAUAUAUAAACGAAUUAGCGACUCAAGAAAGAUAGCAGACGAUUGUGAAAAUGGAAACAUUUUAAAAAAUAAUUCAUUCAUAUCAUGUAUUACUUAUAAUAAUUCAAUAUAUAAAUUAAUUCAAAAAUGUAAUAUUCAUGGAAAUACAGGAAAUGACGUCCUUCCUCUUUCAACAUGUGCAUAUGAUUAUUAUAUAAAAUUUAAUUCCGUAUUAAUACCCUUAGUAGAAUUAGAAAAAGAAGAUUCUUCUUAUUUAUUACUAAUAACUACAAAUAUAAAAGAUGAUAUUCUAUAUAACCACGAGGCUCAUUUUAUAUCGGACAAACAAAUUUUUGUGGAUAAAUUUUAUCCACCCCAAUAA